GCGAAACGGAAGGGAUAUUUUCUCUUGUCAUAUGCGUGGGCAGGUUUCUCUCUUGGGGAAUGCCCCGAAGGAAGAAACGACAUGCGUGACCUCGAUGCUCUUUGAGAGGGCGUAGAGGAGACCGUCGCGGUCCCGCUGUUUCUCUCCCCGGGGGUCAAGCCGGGGAGAUCUUUUGUUCUCAAACAACAGACACUUUCGCCUUUCUUCUCGCGCGUUUUAUCAAGGAUUCCGGCCACCGUCCACAGUGUACGCUCAAAAUCCGUCCGCCGGGGUCCCUCGUUUCCUCCGCCUCACAUUUGAGGGGAAAUGCAUUGAUUUGUCGCAGCACUCUCUGCUUACUCGGAUCGUCUUUCGAGGCCUUUGUUUUUCUCAUCUUCCUCAAAUCUGUGUCAUUUCUGCGCUGUCCUGCCAUCUUCCCCUGCCCGUCGUUGUCGCAGCCACCGCCCCCCAAGCUGUCCACACCUGGGGUUGUUCCGGGAGUUCGAUGCAGGGAAAACUUCCUUGUCUUCUCUUCCUUCGUUGUUUCCGUUAUUCGUCUCCACUUCUGCUGUGCUCUGGUCCUUCUUCCUUCGCUCCACGCAUCGUCAGUGCAGUCUCGUCGAUCGACAGGCUCGAGAAGCAGCGCAAAAACCCCGGGUGUGUGUCACGCUCCGCCACUUUGCCUGUGCUGUUCGUUUUCCCCAUUUUUUUCUCCGUCUAGCGUCGAACGAGUCCUGCAGAAACAUCUGGCGCUUGGCGCAGGAGCAAGGGGAUGGCGGCUGUGCUGAGUGAGGCAAGGACUGGCUACUGACUUCUCUCUUCAGCAGCUAUGUACACACGUAAUACGAAAACUACCAGUCAGGCGGGGAAGGAAAAGGAAAGUAGAAAGUCCGCGGUGCAAGAGGGAGCGCUCCAAAGUCGAGCGCGGAGGGUGGAAGGCUGAUUUUUUUUUUCCGAAAUUUCUCGGUUUUUAAGUGCUCUCUAAAAUGCAAGCGACGCGACGUAUCUCUGCCCUCUCUUCCUCUGAAGGCGGCUGCCUCGCGGGUCCGAUCCCUCGCUGCAUGAGGCGAUUCCGGAGAAGUCGCCCCACCAGGCUCGGAAACAGGAGACAGGAGGCGAGAGAAGAGGCGAGAGACGCAGCAGAGCUCUUCUCUCUCGCGGUGGAAAGGCCGCCACACAGUGCCGCCGGGGAGUCGCCUUUCAGCGAAGCGCGAGAGAGCGAGCUCGGGGGAGAUCGGAGACAGAGAGCAGCUCCCAAAGGGAGGAAAGUGACUAACUGUGGAGAGGAAGGAAGCAAGGCGAGAGAAGUCUGGGAAGAACGACUCGACGAGGGAUGGAGGCCAGAGAAACGAGACAAAGAACAGGCGAGUGUUGGCGCCCGUCGGACGGAGACGAAAGGUGAAGGCGGGUGCCGACCGCCCUGGAGUUCCGGUUUCCAGGGCAGAGCAAGCUCCAGGGUGUAUUGCGGCGGCGACGAGCCGCGAGAGAGAUGGAGCUGUUUGUUUAACGAAACAAGUGUUUUUUCUUUUCCAUACUCUUCUGGAAGACGAGGGCGAACUUUCAUUUUGAGUCGGCAGUUCUCCUCUUCGCCUUUUGGCAUCGGUUCUCUCUCUUCCGCCUCGUCUUCUCGCGCUUCUCUGUCUCGGCCGUCUCGCUUUGCUGCCACUGACUCUUCCUGGCCGUGCGUUCCUCGUCUGGCGUACCGCGGACCUCGAGUCGCCUCAUCUCUUUCUUCUUCGCCGCUUCUGCCUUCUGCUUCGGAUACACGAGUGUGGGUGGGGGGUUGCAGUCCGCGUGACUAUACGCAGAUCGCUCUCCAGAGAGGAGAGGAGACGCCCUUAACUGAAAGUUCUCCAGAAGAAGAUCAGACGCUGUUGGCUGACGCCCAUGUUGCCCCUGUAUUUCUCUCUUCUGCCUUCUACUCCGCUCCUCCGGGCUCUUCGGUCUCCUCGGAAGGCGAAAACCUUUUCGAUGCCUUUAACGAAGGGAACGGGAGACCCAACGUUUUUUCCAGGAAAGGUCGUGACGACGACAGUUGUACUCGUCGAGAUCCUCUAAGCCUCGUUUCUGUCUCGGAUUCUGGUUCUGCAGUCUUACCUCCACCUCCACCCUCUUCUACUCUCUCUUCCUCUCCCUCUUCUUCGAUUUGUUCUUCCCUGUCUGCCUCUUCCGCUGUCCGUUCGCCUUCGUGUGCUCUUUCUUCUCCGUUGUACGGGAGGCACGAGUUGAGCGGCGCGGCUCUGCUGAAGCAUCUGGAAGGCAUUCCGUGGAUCGGUGGGUUGCUGCAGGAAGUGCAUGAGUUGGAGGCGAACCGGGAUCGUUUUCCUUCUGCUGAGAACGAAGAGAAGCUGCGCGUUUGGUGGCGCAGCCAUGCGAUUCGACUCUUCAUUUCUGGGCUGAAAGCGGGGUGUGCAGGAGACCCUGCUCUCCAGCUUCGCACGCUUCGUCUCGCCCUCUCGUUCACUCCCCUCGCCGCCGCGGUGCCAUAUCCUCUGGACCUCCCGCCAGCCUUCCUAGCCAAAAGUCCCUCUUCAGACGCCGAGCGCAAGCCCUGCAGAGCGCGAGACCGGCAGGGAGCCGCGGAACCCACAGAGCUGGCCCGGUUCUCGUUUGACUCCCAAACACCGACAGAGGAAGCACCCCCGCAGGAGCCAGAGACAGGCGCGUUUGUGGUUACGCAGGCAGACGUGGAUGCCUUCGGCCCCGCCUUUGUUGUCUUUACUCAGCUGCCGUCGCUGCCGGUUGAGCAGCGACUGUGGUGCCUUGACCAGUUUGCGUUCUUCUUCGUUCACAACUGUCUCUGCGCCACAGUCCGACAAGCAGAUGAGGCGACGGCGAGGACCGGUGAAAAGAGAGAGAGACAUGGCCGCGGCGAAGGCGAGAGGCGGAAGAAGCUGAAGAAAGAGGACAUCUUCAACCAGGUGACGUCCACGUUUCGCGUCUCGUCGUCAGGACAUCUCAUUGUCUCCGACGCGCGACUCUGGGACUUCUUUGGUUAUGCCGUGCGCCACCUUGGACAGGCCGGAUACUUCGACGUAGCUGCGCAUCUCACGUUUUCGCUUCUUUCCCUCGUGUACGACAUUCGCGCCUUUCCAGCCCCGCGGCCCGCCACACCUGCACCGCCCCGCGCCACAAACAUCCACGGAAACGCGCGCGCCACAGGAGACAGCCUGGACCAGCAAGUCGACUCAAAACGCGUGCAUCCGAGUGUGUUUGAGGGCGGCAGGGGUCCUGUGGGGUCGGACGCCGAGGCGAGUGAGCGCGCGAGACAAGCAGAAAACAUAGAGAAGCGGAACAACCGGUGGAAGUUGCCGAAGAACGUCUGGCUGCAGAUUCUGGCGGCGCGUCACGACUCUCCCCUCGCUGCUUCUCCCUCUGCCUCGUCUGGAGGCGUAAAGGGAACAGAGGCCGGAAACUGUCGGGCGCAGGAGAUUCUGAGCGCCGCUUUCGAGCCGCAGGAAAUCGCAGCAGCGGACAUGGUCGACGAACUUUUUCUUCUUCUCAAGCGGGAAGUCGCUGAGGCGGCGCCGCUGCUCGCACGGGCUCUCCUGUUGGAGCCUGGGGGUUCGGACAGAGCCCCGGAGGGAACUGGAGACGCAGCGCAGAAAACGCAGCGAACUUUGGCCACCCAGUUCGCUUCCCAGUUCAUGAGCGAAACGGAGCGAAAUGCAAAGCACCGCGCAUUUGCGCGAAUUCGCGACACGGCAGUGGUCAAACGAGCCACGGGGAUGCACUGGGGGAACGUCGCCGAGGAAGUUCAAGGUGAGAUGGACAGUCUUGCGGCGGUGGCUGACCGGAGCUCGAACGCACUGGCCGCGGGAACGCGACGAACGCCGUGGCAGGUGAUCACGAAGAAGAACGCUCUGGAGGAACAACGGAGGAGUGUUGGAGGCGGGUGGUACUACGAGAAGCCAGAUGCAGGACCCGGAGUUAGGAGUCAGGACGGUGGAUCGACAGAGGGGGAAAAAGAGGAGACAGCAGAGGCCAUCACGCCGUCACUUCAGGGAGAGCAGGAUACGUCAGUGACUUCGGUGGCUUGCGCCGAGUUGCAGCUCGAACGAGCAGAGUUGGAGCGGAGCGAAUUCAGCGAACCGCCGUUUUCUCCGCCCUUUGGCUUCAGCAGUCUCCUCUGGUACCUGCGCCUGGAAAGCAUCUUCUACCGGACGCAAGACAUUGACCUCUCGUCCAUCGUCUACCGCGUCCUCACGCACCUGGUGGACCACGAGGUUCCGCAGUUUCUCUUUCCACCUCCGGCCUCGCGUCCUUCUGCGGCUGUCGCCCCUGCGACCCCUCGAGUCGCGCCGCUGUCGUCUCUGUUCGCUGCGGCUCCUGCACAUUCGUUCUCGCUAUCUCGGCGAGGAGCUACGACGCUGGCGCAUGCAGUCGGCGCCUUGAAGGCAACGCGCCGGUACGAACACGAUUUGCUCCGCGCUCUCUGCGACGCCCUGCGGCCCAACUUGGGUCUCCUUUCCACGCCUCUCGCGUGCGAAACCAUGUACAAUCUUGGCUGUCUUGGCUACAGCGACCCCGCGUUCGCUCACGCACUCGCGCGCCACUUGGCGAGCUCCGGGGUCCUCCGCCACGCCACAGUCGACUCGAUGAUGCAGCUGCUGAUCGGCUUCUCGAGACUCGAGUUCCGCGACGACACACUAACUGAAGCUUGCAUCAAGGGUCUCCUCUUCACUGAAGGAGAUCGGAAAAAGAAAGCGAUGCCCGAUGGUGGACAGGCGAAUGGGACAGGAGGUGUGGCGACGCUACCGCCUUCGGCGACGCCUGCCGCAUCUUUGGAGGAAACGCUCUACCAAGAGAGACAAGCUGGUGCUAACGCCCCUGGGGGAUGCAACUUCGAGUCGCGGCAUACGGCGGUGUCCUCAACAGAGCGGAACAACAAGAUCAUGCAGACUUCUGUCGACCUGUUGGCGCGGACACACCGGCCGCAGAGUCUGUUCUACCUUCUGCACAGCAUCAGCAGGAACUUUGUUCGUUCGCUUCCACUUUUGGCAUCGCUCCUGCCCGCGCUGCAGCGCUUCGCGACGGCCGUCCCGUCGAACGUCGCCGUUCUCGCCUUCCACGACUUGGUGAAGAUGGGCAUUUGGCCCGGACCUUUCCGGAAGGCAAUUCUGUCUACGCUGGUACGGGACCUGGAGCGCCACUCGCUCAUCCCGCUGGCGGCGUCGACGAUUCUCACCUGGAGUUUGUGGGGCCAUUUCGACGUUCCGCUUUUCCUCCUCAUGGCUUACCACUUCCACAAAAAGGUGGAGGCAGGCGACGCGUUCCGGGGAGACGCGGGCGAGGAGCCGGACGACGCGAAAGAGAGAGGCAGAGACGCGCGAGAGAAGAAAAGCGGGAAGUGGGGGAGCGCACGAAGCGUGACGAGCAUCAAGGUGUCGACCCAGUUCUGGUCGUCUGCGUACGGGCUGAAUCUCCUCGCGCUUACGCCUCGAGAUUUCGUCCAACAUGUCAACGCCGUCGAUCGUCAAAUUCACCUCGAUCUCCUGGACAAGCACCGGAGGCAGUCUGCGCAACAAAAUGCGUUUCUUCCCGACCCUCUUCCUUCGGCGGGUCGCUUUUGUCCGUCUGACUCUUCUACCGCGGCUUUGGCAUCUGAUCCUCGACUCACCGCCACUCCGAGUUUCUCUCCUUUCUCCGCUACGUCGAACCCGAUGCGGCUCUUCCCGCGCUGCCGCCACUCUACUGACGCCCUGGUCCGUUUUUCACCUUGGCAGACUGGGUCUUUGGAGGGGCUGAAAGCCGCGAGACUUCUGGACAUACCGGAGGAAAACUGGAUUCCGAAGAGCUCGAGUUUCCAUGCAGAAGUCGUGGCGUCCUGUCCGCCAUUCCUCCGAGACAGGGUCAUCAACGAACAGCCUGCAGGACCGUACGAAAUCGAUGUAGCGCUUCCUGCCGACGCCGUGGACGCGUGGAAAAAAACGCAGAGGAUCAACGAGCUCGACGACGCUGAGAAAGACGAGGAAUGGAGGGAACCCCGACGUAAGAAUAAGAAAGGCAGAAAGACGUCGCAGAAGACCUAAGCGCUAACGUGCUUGGGAGGGAAGUCACAGUGGGCAUGUGGCGUCGAUUGUGAGGCACAUGCGGCCGGUGAAUAAACGCGCGUUUUCUGCUGGGAUUCCUGUCUUGUAUACGCUCUGAACUUCUGGUACACCGAGCGGCUUUGCUCUACAAGCCUACCGUGUGCUCGUUUCUUUGAUUCCUGCUUCCGGUUGCUUGAGAUAGGUCGUCGCAUGGGAGGAAACAGGAGGUUACGCGGAGUGCCGCAUUUGACGGACGAUACAUAGAAAAUUGUUCAACUUGUUGUGCAGCCCAUUUGUGACGUCCAGUUGAGAGUCCCCUCUUUUUCCAACCAGCACGAAUGGCGUUCCUCGUGGGCUCCGCACCUGUGCGGCUUGAGACUGCCUCACGCACGCGCGUUUUCAACAUGCACAGUUUUUUGAUGGCAGUUACACACAGGGCCCCUUCUUUCUGCAAAAUCCGGUGUUUCGUGCCGAGUUGUAUGAAACGCUCUCCUAAAACUAGCGCAGAAUACUCAACUUUUUUCACCGGC